UCCUAUCAUCACCAUGGCUUCUAAUAAGGUUAAUAUUUUGCUAUUUUUAUUACUAAUAAUUUUAUCCAUUGAAUCUUCACUUUCCUAUGAAAGGCCACCACCAAGAAAAUCACUAUUUUUAUCUUUAUCUCAAGAUCUUGAUUCCUCUUCUCCACAACAGGUGCACAUUUCGAUGGUGGGUGAAGACAAGACGAGGAUUUCGUGGAUAACGGAAGAUUCUGGUACACCGGCGACGGUGAAGUACGGUACAUCUCCGGGAAGUUACCCAUUUUCAGCAAAUGGGGACACUACAAAGUAUAAAUAUAUUUUGUAUAAAUCAGGUGAAAUACAUAAUGUUGUUAUUGGGCCAUUAAAGCCCAAUACAAUUUACUACUACAUUUUAGGCCCAUUUACAAGCCCAGAAUUCAAUUUCAAAACCCCUCCAGCUGGAUAUCCUAUCAAAUUUGCAGUUGUAGGUGAUCUAGGGCAAACUGACUGGACAACGUCAACCCUAGAUCAUAUUUCAAAAUCAAAUUACGAUGUCAUGUUGUUACCCGGUGACUUGUCAUACGCGGACACUCUGCAACCACUAUGGGACUCGUUUGGACGACUCGUGGAGCCGUUAUCGAGCCAACGCCCGUGGAUGGUGACUCAAGGCAACCAUGAGGUUGAGAAAAUACCAAUUUUACAUAGCCAAUCUUUUACAUCAUAUAAUGCAAGAUGGCUCAUGCCAUUUGAACAAAGUGGUUCAACUUCAAAUUUAUACUAUUCAUUUAAAGUUAGUGGGCUUCAUAUAAUUAUGUUGGGCUCGUACACUGAUUUUGGGCCUGGAUCAGCCCAAUACAAUUGGCUCAAAAAUGAUUUGAAUAAAAUUGAUAGAAAAAAAACACCAUGGCUUAUUGUUAUUGUACAUGCACCAUGGUACAAUUCUAAUACUGCUCAUCAAGGUGAGUAUGAAUCUUAUGGAAUGAAAUCAUCUAUGGAGGAUUUACUAUUCAAGGCUCGUGUCGAUAUCGUCUUCGCGGGACAUGUUCAUGCUUACGAGAGAUUUACUCGAGUAUACAAAGACCAAGCUAAUAAUUGUGGUCCAAUAUACAUCACAAUUGGAGAUGGUGGCAACAGAGAAGGCCUAGCCACCAAGUAUCAAGAUCCAAAACCAGACAUUUCAAUUUUUCGAGAGGCAAGUUUUGGGCAUGGAGAACUUGAUGUGGUAAAUGCAACUCAUGCACAAUGGUCAUGGCAUAGAAAUGAUGAUGAUGAAGCUGUUGUUGCUGAUACUAUUUGGAUAACAAAUCCUUCUUGUACAUUUUAAAGCCAAACAAUUUAGAUUUAAAAAAACUAAAGAAUAUAUAUAAUAUAUAAACAAUUUAAAUCUAACUUAAUUUCAAAAGUAAAUUUAAGUGGUAAUUAUAAUAACUUAAAAUGAUAUUACGAAUUUUUUCCAAUUCAACUCAUCGAUGAGUUUUACUCUGGUAUUAUUGAGUCUCACUCCACACACCCCAAAGGAAAAGAAUAGUUGUAUAUUAAAAAGAAAAACUAUUUACUAGCGCGUUACAUUUUUAUUUUUAUAUAUUUUAUUUUUAACUACUUUUAACGUGUUUACUCUUGAUACCAUUAAAAUAUAUAUGUACUCCGAUGUUAUUAAAGAGAGAGUAAUAAUACAUUAGUAAAAAUAUUAUUCAAUACUCUUUGAUUACUUUAUAUUAUGUAUGCAAAUCUAAUCAAGGUAAAUACAUUAAAUUUAGGAAAAUAAUCUUAUCUAAUAUGCCUAAUUUGUGUUGGGCCUAAGGACUCCUCAAACACUCGAAUGAACCAACUAUUUUUACUAUUCAAAUAACUUUCAAAUGUUUGUAUAAAUAUAUUGUAGAUACAUCUUAUAUACCUCUAAUAAAAAUAAAAGGGAUAAUGCACGAGUACUCCAUCAAUCUAUGUUCAAAAUAUCAGAGACACACUUAUACUAUACUAAGGUCAUAUUGCCCUCCUGAACUUAUUUUAUUAAUAAUUUUCUAGCUCUUUUUCGGUCUAUGUAGCGCUAUCUUGUGGCCCAACGUUGAUUGACUUUUCUUUCAAGCUAGUAUCACAUAAGCCGAAAAGGGAUAGAAAAUUACUUAUAAAAUAAGUUCAG